CUUCAUGUCCUCGUUACCCAUCCCAAACACCAAAGGCGCGGAGCUGGUUCCAUGCUAGUGCAAUGGGGCUGCGAGAAAGCAGACGCUCAUGGCACAAUAGCCGCGCUCUUCGCCUCCACUGCAGGUCUGGCCGUGUAUCAAAAAUAUGGCUUCGAGGUCGUCCAGGAAACGCCACUAGAUCUCAGACCGUUCGGUGUUGAUGCCACAGACGUAAGGCGUGCAUGCCUUCGACAGCCA